GGGAAGGCAUUUUCACAUUCAUCUGAUCUUACAAAACACCAGAGAACACACACAGGAGAGAAACCCUUCAAGUGCAGUGUGUGGGAAGGCAUUUUCACAGUCACAAAAUCUUACGCAACAUCUUGCACAACACCAGAGAACACACACAGGAGAGAAACCCUUCAAGUGCAGUGUGUGUGGGAAGGCAUUUUCACAGUCAUCUUAUCUUACAAAACACCAGAGAACACACACAGGAGUGAAACCCUUCAAGUGCAGUGUGUGUGGAAUGGCGUUUGCACGUCCAUCAAAUUGUCGAAUACACCAGAUAACACACACAGGAGAGAAACCCUUCAAGUGCACUCUGUGCGGGAAGGCGUUUGCACGGUCACAAGGUCUUAAAGAACACCAGAGAACACAGACGCAUCAGAAAAUCCACAAGGAGUGGAGUCUGAAAUCAGCUUGUGAAAGUCAAAGUGCCGUAAGGAGCCCAUCCCUCAUGAAACAAGUACCGGAAGAAAAUCCCAGCUUGGGCACUUUUAAAGGUAUCAAGGCGGAAUUUGAAGAGGUGAUUGUGAAAUGUGAAGAGGUGACGGUGAAGAGCGAAGAAGUGAAGGUAAAAUGUGAAGAUGAAAAUUCGACUCCAGAAUGGGACCUUCACAUCGAUGGAGGCAACGUGAAGCAGGAGGGUAAUUCUGACUGUGAGGCAGAGCGAGGCAACUCACAGCAGUUUGUGGAAGUGGAGGUGUGGGUGGACUUCCUAGACAAUACAAAGUCAAAUGGAGACCCGGUAGAUGUGUAAGCUUGAGAUGAUGUCGCUCCCAGUAGAUGCACCUUUGUCACAGGCCUUUAAUGAAAAUAAUGUGAAGUAGAACAUUGAAAUCCUAGGUUCAACCUGCAGGGUAAGAGCGGCCAGUCUUGGUGGAUCCGUGGGUUGGGUAGAUAUCUCACCAGGAGCCUCGGUGAUUCACACUGAACCCUUUGAGAGCCUUUGUCUGGCUCUGUGAGCCUCAGUGAUUCACACUGAAGCCUAUGGGGGGAGCCUUAGUCUGGCUCUGUGAGCCUCGGUGAUUAACACGAACCCUAUGGGAGCCUUAUUCUGGCUCUGUGAGCUUCAGUUAUUAACACUGGACCCUAUGGGAGCAUAUGUCUGGCUCUGUGAGCCUCAGUGAUUAACACUGAAGCCUAUGGGAGCCUGAGUCUGGCCCUGUGAGGCUCAGUGAUUGACACUGAAGCCUAUGGGAGCCUGAGUCUGGCUUUGUGAGCCUCGGUAAUUAACACUGAACCCAAUGGAUGGGAGCCAGUGACAUGCGGUGAGGUCAGUGAGAGGGGGGGCA